AUGAUGAGCCAUCGUAAUGAAGAACGUGAUGAUUAUCGUAAUUCAUCACGUCAUAAUCGACAUGAUAGGCAACAUAUAUCAAGUUUUCGAACACAACAUAUACCAUCAUCGGGAUAUAAUAUGGAUCAACAAUCUGUAGCGGUCACUCAUGUUCUUUCGGGUAUAUAUGACCUCCAAGACAAACGUGAACAAUCAGGUUAUUUUUUUGGCAUACUUGUUUUAUUAAGUUAUUUCCUUGUCAUUAUUACAUUUCCAUUAUCAUUAUGUUUUUGUUUAAAAGUUGUACAAGAAUACGAACGAGCUGUAAUUUUUCGAUUAGGUCGAAUCUUAGCUGAUGGAGCACGUGGACCAGGACUAUUUUUUAUCUUACCAUGUAUUGAUACAUACAGUAAAGUUGACCUUCGAACGGUUACUUUUGAUGUUCCACCACAAGAAAUUCUAACACGAGAUAGUGUAACAGUAGCUGUUGAUGCUGUUGUUUAUUUUCGAAUAUUUAAUGCUGUUAUAUCAAUAACCAAUGUUGAAGAUGCAGCUAAAUCAACAAAACUUUUAGCAGCAACAACACUACGAAAUGUUUUGGGUACGAAAACACUUCAAGAAAUUCUUGCUGAACGUGAUAAGAUUGAUACAGUUAUUCAAACUGGUCUUGAUGAAGCUACUGAUCCAUGGGGUGUUAAAGUUGAACGUGUUGAAGUCAAAGAUGUUCGUUUACCUGUAGCUUUACAAAAAGCUAUGGCUGCUGAAGCUGAAGCAUCACGUGAUGCACGAGCAAAAAUAAUUGCAGCUGAAGGUGAAAUGAAAGCAAGUCGAGGUUUAAAAGAAGCAGCCGAUAUUAUUAAUGAAUCACCUGUAGCUUUACAAUUAAGACUUUUACAAACUUUAACACAAAUUGCUGCUGAACGUAAUUCAACAAUUGUCUUUCCUAUACCUGUCGAGAUUUUACAAGCUCUAUCACGAAGUAAAAAUUAG